CUGACCUCCAAUGAGUGAGGAGCUUCCGGGUGGGGCUGGGGGGUCUGUGGAGGAGAUGUUUCCAUCAUUGGAAACAUUGUCGAAACACCAGCUGGGAUCAGACCUUGCUCUUGGCCCUGGAGCAGCAGGUGAAGAUUCUCUGAAAGCCAAGACCAGUGGUUGAACGUGCAGGCUUGGACUUAGAGCCCAAAUCCAGGCCCAACCACUUGCCAGCUGUGCGACCUCAGACAUGAGCCUCUGCUCUCUGAAUCUCAUGCUGCUUGUUAUCGAAAGAGCGUACUGAUAUCUCGGCCAUGGGACCGUGUGAAUCAGAUUCAAAGCUUGAAAUCUGGGGAGAGGAAAGCCGGUGACUCCCCGAGCAGCUGAGUUCGCCUGAAGGGAAUUGGAGCGUAGAGCCCGGGAAUCCUGACCCGCUGCCUUGCCUCCUGCAGGUCUGUAGGACGGUCCCGCGGGUGGCACUACGUGGAGACGAAGUGCCCAGAGUGGUUCCUUCCAGGUGUCUUCUUCCUGCCCCCACCAAAGCCUGAGCCUCACCUACGCCCACAGCUGCCCUGCAAGUUCAUCAUGCUGACGGAAGACAUGAAGUUCUGGCAUGGCUUAGUGAUCGCAGUGGUGUCCCUCAUUCUACAGACCUGCCUCUUCGCUGCCAUCAACUACCUGCUCAGCAGGCACAUGGCCAGCCAGAGUGAACGGAUCCUGAAAGGGGCCAGGCUCCAGGCCCCCUGGCCCAGCUCUGCGCAGCGUCAGCCAUGUGCUGCCACGGAGGAGACGCGAAGCGCUCCUGUGUCUGCGCCCCGUCACAGGCAUGACAGUGACACGUCCUCAGAUAGCUCCAACAGCGCGGACGUCUCCGGCAGCUUGCCUCCCCCCUGCCAGGCCACCAAGGACGUGAAUUACACACACGUGGUCUUUUCAGCCCCUGGAGGACUAAAAACUGAACAUGCCCUGGACUAUGAGAACAUAAAGGAAACCACAGACUAUGUCAAUGUCAAUCCAAAAAGCCACAGGCCCAAUUUCUGGACUUUUGUGAACCCUGCUAACUCUGAGUCGGUAGAAUACACUCAGGUGGCCAUGUGAAUUCUAGGGUUUUAAUGGGGUGUGGUUCUCUACAAAUUCUUGCACUUAUUUUGGAAGGGAAUGGCUUUUUGUUUUGUUUUGUUUUGUUUUGUUUUUUAAACAAGGCAUAGGAGAAUAAGUAGGCCUGUAUCUCAUUCAGCAAGAAAGAUUCAGGUCAGCUGCCAAGUAGAACUUCCAGGAUGAGUAUGAAUGAGUGGAGAUGUCAGUAGAGAAAGCGGUAAUGUCUUUCUCCACAGAAAAUUGUGGAAAAAACAAUGUUUGAUCAGCUGUAGCAGAGUUCUGUUUGGUAACCUUACCGUUAAAAUGACUCUCCGGGCUUUUUAAUUUUUUGGCAAUAAACAACUUCCUCAAAAAUUUUAAAUGAAAUGGCAACUACCAAUUCCCCUUUUCCUUGUGCCUAACCCUGCACGCUGCCCCUUUUCAGAGCUACGUCUAGCUGAGCAAUCCCGCUCUGCCCUCAGCACUUUCAAUAGGCCACUUAGAAAGCCUGCCAUCAUCCAACCUUCGAAUUCCCUGUUUUUUAGGGAACAAAAGAUGACAGACAGAGUUCUGGGUAAACGCCAACUAGCAUCACAAUCUGGGAUUCCAGAGAAAAAUCUCCCCAAAUUCAAUCCAAUGGAAUGUAAUAGUCUUUUCUGGAUUGUUCUUUGUUUGUGUAAAGCCAAUUAGGAAUACAAGGGCACUUUCUUAGCUUGAUUAAGAAUAGCUUGUCUCAGGGGCGCCUCGGAGGCACAGAUGGUUAAGCAUCAGACUCUUCAUCUUGGCUCAGGGCAUGAUCUCACGGUUCGUGAGUUCGAGUCCCACAUGGGGCUUUGUGUUGACAUCAUGGAGCCUGCUUGGGAUACUCUCUCUCUAUUUCUCUGCCCCUCCCUCUCUCUCUCUCUC